AUGUCACAAUCCAACUUCUUCGCUGUGACAGCGAGAUGGGUAAGUAAGAUGACAGGCAAAGCAAAGGCUGCUUUGGAAGAGAAGACCAUGUGGACCUCAUUGAAGAAACGUAAACCUGAAGCGAGUGGAGAAACCAUUAAUCCUCUGCCAAAGAAGGCAAAAACCAACCGACCUGCUGAUACCACUCCCCCUGGAAUGACAGUGUCGCUGCCAUUGACAUCACCAAUACCAGUAACAUCUGUUACACCAACCCCCCCUCUGACUGACAAAAGUCAUUGUGCAGUUGUUUGCACGGAGGAGGAGGAAGAAGCUUUGUAUGCAGACAGAAGUGAUGCUGACCCAAAAGAGAGUGACAAGGAAUCGCAAAGCGGAGAGAAAGAACAGGAUCCACAAGACAAACUAAAACAUCUCAUGCAAGAGUGGGUCUCACCGGUCUAUGCCUUCUUUCAUCCAACACCAAACAUUGUCGAAAUUGGAGGAUGGCGGGCACAUGAAUUCAAAUGUCAGGCGAAAGGAUGUAAGGCGAAAGUCUGA